AUGCCUCCCCCACCACCUGCUUGGGUCAACGCGCUCGUCCCCUCCGAGCCCCGUGGCCCUGAUCUCCUUGCUAUUGAGCGCGCCGGCUCGGGUGUCGAGGUCACUCGCCUCAGCGAGCUCCUCCACACCCGCGAGCUGAUCAACAAGCGCAGCAGGGUCGAGGCAGCCCUCAUCAAGGACCCCACCUUUGACAAGACUGAGCUGCUGUCGAUGGGCCGCGUUGAGAAGAUCCAGCGCUCGCUUGCCCGCGGCAAGGCGAUGAAGCGCCUCCAGGAGAAGGAGGGCUGGGAUGCCGAGGAGUACAAGAUUGCCCACCAGGCUGCUGGCGAGCCCACUGUCUACGACCUCCACGAUGGCAUGUUCAUUGUUACCCUCCGUGAGCAGGGCACCCCGGAGCAGCACAAGCUCUUCCUCGAGCCUGCCGUCAACAACAAGAUCAUUGGAUGCUACGCCCAGACCGAGCUUGGUCACGGCUCCAACGUCCGUGGUCUCGAGACCACUGCUACCUGGAACCAGGCCGACCAGACCUUCAUCAUCCACUCGCCCGUCCUCACUGCCUCCAAGUGGUGGAUUGGCUCGCUCGGCCGUACCGCCAACCACGCCGCUGUCAUGGCUCAGCUUUACAUCGACGGCAAGAACUACGGCCCCCACCCUUUCCUCGUCCAGAUCCGUGACCUGAAGACCCACGAGCCCCUCGAGAACGUGUUCGUCGGUGACAUUGGACCCAAGUUUGGUUUCGGCUCGAUGGACAAUGGCUUCCUGCUCUUCAACCAGUACAAGAUCCCCCACGUCAACAUGCUUGCCCGCUUCAACCGCGUCGACCCCGCCACCGGUGUCUACAAGCGCGUGGGUGCGCCUUCGCUCGUCUACGGCACCAUGGUUUGGGUCCGUUCCAACAUUGUCCUCGACUCGGGUUCGUCGCUCGCUCGCGGUGUUGCCAUUGCUAUCCGCUACUGCGCCAUCCGUCGCCAGUUCCAGGACCGUGAUGCCGAGGCUGCCGGUGCCACUGGCGAGACCCCCGUGCUCAACUACAAGAUGGUCCAGGUCCGCCUCCUCCCCUUGCUCGCUGCCACCUACGCCCUCCACUUCACCGGUCGCGGUAUGAUGGAGAUGUACGAGGCCAACCAGGAGCGCAUGAAGAAGGAGGACAUUGGCGACAGGGAGACUGUCAAGAAGAUUCGCGGCGCUGCUCCCGAGGACCUCAACCCUGGUGCCGAGCAGCUCGCCGACCUGCACGCCACCUCGUGUGGUCUCAAGGCUCUGGGUUCGACCAUUGCCGUCGAGGGUCUCGAGAUGUGCCGUCGCGCAUGUGGUGGCCACGGCUACUCGUCGUACUCGGGUAUCGGCACCUGGUACGCCGACUACCUCCCCACCGCCACCUGGGAGGGCGACAACUACAUGCUUACCCAGCAAGUCGCUCGCUACCUUCUCAAGUCGGCCCGUGCUGUUCUCGCCGGCAACGCUCCCAAGAACGAGACCACCACCACCCUUCAGUUCUACCUCUCACGCAAGGACACUGGUGCCGCCUUCGACGUCCUCAACAACGACGCCGACAUUGUCGCCGCCUACGGCUGGCGCACUGCCUACCUCACCUUUGAGGCCCUCCGCCUCCGUGACAAGGACCACCAGUCGUGGAACUCGCUCCUUGUCCACUUCUGGCGCCUCUCGACCGCCCAGUCGCAGUUCCUCGUUGUCCGCAACUUCUACGACGCCGUCGUCGCCAACCCCGCCCGCGUCGCCGGCGCUGUCGGUGACGUUACCGGCGAGGUCCUUCGUGACCUCUUCCGCCUGUACGCCCUUCAGACCAUGGAGCAGCACGCCGCCGACUUCUUCACCUCGGGUGCCGUCACCACCAACCAGAUCUCGCUUGCCCGUACCAAGGGUAUCUCGAACCUGCUCGACCGCGUGCGCCCCCACGCCGUCUCGCUCGUCGACGCCUGGAACUUCUCCGACUUCUUCCUCAACUCGUCGCUGGGCCGCUCCGACGGCAAGGUCUACGAGGACAUGUUCGCCAAGGCGUCGUCCAACCCCGUCAACAACCUCACGUUUGACCCUUACGUUGACUCGCCCGUGCUUGUCAAGCGCGUGGCCGGCAAGUUGUAA